AAUAACAUCCAGCAUAGGGAAACGGACAACCGAUGGCUUGAUAUCCUACAACCAUUGAUUCUAUCUUUGUUGUUCUACAUGUUUGGUUAUACUCAAUCGUUUUUCACAAGGCGCUCCUUUCUCUCGGGAAAGUCGUCGCUCACACAGUCAUCCUUGCGUUACAGAGCAUCGCCAUUCUCGUCAGGCACCAUGUCUAACAAAGAUUGGAGCGCCGCCCAAUAUUUGAAGUUUGAGGAUGAGCGGACUAUGCCUGCCCGCGACCUCCUUGCUCGGGUCCCUCUCCAGGCUCCAAAAAGAAUAGUCGACCUGGGCUGUGGGCCGGGAAACUCGACUGCUGUUUUGGCAGCUCGUUAUCCCGACUCUCAUAUUGAGGGGAUGGAUUCAUCUCCUGAUAUGAUCAAGAAUGCAAAGGUGGCUCUCCCACAUAUUGAGUUCAGUGUCGAAGAUCUCCGAUCCUACUCCCCUUCUUCAUCGGUUGAUCUUUUCUUUUCUAAUGCCGUCUUUCAAUGGCUCAAGAAGGAAGAGCGAAUCUCGGUUAUUAAGGGAUUGAUGGGGACUCAGCCUUCUGGGGGAGUGUUUGCCUUUCAGGUGCCAGACAAUCUGAUGGAGCCAUCCCAUGUCUUGAUGAGGGAAGUUGCCGCUAGCGGGCCCUGGGCUGUCACGCUCAGGACUGUUGGUAGAGACUUCUUUCAGUCGCCGCAGGAGAUAUAUGACCAACUUAAGCCUUUGUCUUCUGAGGUGAAUAUUUUCAGAACUGAAUACCACCAUUCCCUCGAGGAUCACAAAGCCAUUGUGGAGUGGGUCAAGGGCGCUGGAUUAAGGCCCUAUGUUGACCCAUUGCUGCCGCAAGACAAGGAAGCAUUUUUGAACGAGUAUCUGAAGCGGUUGGAAAGUGCAUAUCCAAAGUUAAUCGACGGCCGGGUUUUGCUGGGUUAUCCGCGUUUGUUUGUUGUUGCGGUUAAGAAGUGAUGAGGCUAGUGCAUUGCAUACGACCGUUUACGUUCCCCAUCCUUACCUUCUUGUUUCUAGAGAAACUAGACAAGGUUUGUGCAGAAACUUCUAUUUCACCGUUCAUACUUGCAUAUCGUUCUUCAUGGACAUAGACUACACUGCGCUAAAGCUGGAAUUUAGUGUGUAUAUCCAUUUCGAGAAA